CCCACUGCACACCAGGAACUGUGUCCAACCAGGAUGGAAGAUGUCUAAUCCUAACCCUAUUAAGGAUGCUAAUCCCCAGGAAGCUACUCCCUAAUCUAGGUAAAACAGUCUGAGUGGCCUUAGGUGUGAGGCCCUGAGAAGAAAGCACCUUCACAAGGGCAUUUGUAUUUACCACUUUCUGGAGAUUUGUGUUCUUUUCCUGAUGUCCCCAUUGGUCUUUGGACUGGGCGACCAGCCCCAGCAAAGCAACAGUCCAAUGGGCUGAAGUCCGAAGAAGCUGCUACUUUCUCAUCUACUCUCCAUCUGGUGGACCUAGGCCUAAUCCCUGGGACAAAGAUGGUGGGUGCAAAGUCCACCACAGGUCCCAGCACCUCCGUGGGCCUAGCACAGCAGCACAGUGGAGUCAUAGUGAAAACCCCCUUCUGUCAGAUGUCCUGCUGUGGCACUGUUCCUUGUACCAGCGGCUGCCACUCUAGGAGGCCCUCUCUCACAGAGUCUACUUGUAGCCGCCUGUUCUACAUCCUCCUUCAUGUAGGGGCCUCAGCAGUUUGCUGCCUCCUGCUGUCAAGGACAGUGGUGGAAAGGGUCUGGGGUGAGGCACAUGGGAUCCAGAUGCCCUCGGGGUUGUGUUCCCACCUGUUUGGUCAUUCUGCCUGUCCAGUGCUCAGUGGCUCUGGGGCUGUGUAUCGAAUAUGUGCAGGAACCGCCACCUUCCACCUGCUACAGGCUGUGCUACUGGUCCACCUCCACUCCCCUACCAGCCCACGGGCACAGCUGCAUAACAGCUUCUGGUUCCUCAAGGUGCUGUUCCUGUUAGGUCUCUGUGCUGCUGCCUUCUGCAUCCCUGAUGAGCAUCUCCUCCCAGCCUGGCAUUACAUUGGCAUCUGCGGAGGCUUCACAUUCAUCCUACUACAGUUGGUGCUUAUUACAGCCUUUGCCCAUUCCUGGAACAAGAACUGGCAGACAGGUGCAGCCCAAGACUGCAGCUGGUUCCUAGCUGUGCUGCUGGCUACCCUAGGAUUCUACAGCAUGGCGGGGUUGGGAGCUAUGCUCCUAUUCCAACACUACACACACCCAGCUGGUUGCCUUCUUAACAAGAUGCUGCUUAGUAUGCACCUUUGCUUCUGUGGCCUCCUCUCCUUCCUCUCCAUCGCUCCUUGCAUCCGCCUCAAGCAACCCCGCUCUGGCCUUCUACAAGCCUCUAUCAUCAGCUGCUAUAUCAUGUAUCUGACCUUCUCUGCACUGUCCAGCCGUCCUCCAGAGAGAGUAAUCCUUCAAGGACAGAAUCUCACCCUGUGCCUGCCUGGCCUGAAUAAAAUGGAACCCCCAAUAUCAGAUACCUCACUAGCAGUGUUGAGCGCUGGCAUUAUGUAUGCUUGUGUGCUUUUUGCUUGCAAUGAGGCUUCCUACCUGGCUGAGGUAUUUGGGCCCUUGUGGAUCAUCAAGGUUUACAGCUAUGAGUUCCAGGUGAGGCUCAAGAGCUCAGUAUCCCCAUCAUCCCUCCCCCAAAACAGACAGACAGACACACAUCCUACCAACCUCUACCCAGAAUGCUCAGAUUCUAGCUGCUGUUACCUUUUAUUGAGUACCCAAAAUGUGCUAAGCACUGUGCUAGAUACUUUACAUACAUAUCUCAUUUAAUUUAAUCCUCACAACAACCCUGUGAGGUAGGUAUUUGCUCCAUUUUACAAAUGGAGAAACUGAGGCACAAAAGAUUAAACAUCUUACCAAAGUUUGCAUAGCCAUUUAAUAUGCCAGAGCUAUAAUUUGAACCCAGAUAUGCCUCCAUUUCUUACACUAGACCAAUUUUUCAAAGGGAAAUUUCCUAGAUUAACACCCUCAUUCAUUCCAAAACAUGCUGCCUUUUGUUUUGCAGAAACCCUCACUCUGUUUCUGCUGCCCAGAAACAGUGGAGCCAGGGGAUGGUGAGUGUCAAGUGAGGAAUCCUAAGAAAUGACAGAAAUCAAAGAGCCCUCCAGAACCUUCCUUAAGUAGCUGGGGGAGGAGGGAACAGGUAUUCCAGCAGCACUGCUUGCCAGCAGCUCUUCCUUCUCUGCAGGGCAAACGGAUGGGGCAACCCAGCCAACUGACCAAGAGACCCCUCAAGCAUCACCACUGCAAGCCCAGCAUCUUUCCUACAGCUAUUCUGCCUUCCACUUCGUCUUCUUCCUUGCUUCACUCUACGUCAUGGUUACCCUUACCAACUGGUUCAGGUAGGAUGGAGAUGGGCUGGAGAUACUCUCCUGAAAACCUAGCUAUUUUAAGGAAAGAACAAUUCAAGGCCAUUCCAAAGGGUUCUCAGGAGACAUACAUAGGUCUUCCAUGAUCUGAGGGGAGGUAGAUCUAAAGGCUAGGGCCCUGAAUAUCUUUAACAACAGUCUUUGGUUCCACAGCUAUGAGGGAGCAGAACUGGAAAAGACCUUCACCAAGGGUAGCUGGGCCACAUUCUGGGUCAAGGUUGCCUCAUGCUGGGCCUGUGUACUACUCUAUUUGGGCCUGCUACUGGCACCACUCUGUUGGACCCCCACCCAGGACCCCAAGCCCCGGCUUACCUUCAGGAAACACUACCAUAUGGCAUCAGUAUUACCAGAUAAUAGCCUCCAGUCUAAGUCCUUUUAACAAAAAGGGAUUUCCUUCAGAUUAUAUCUCUAGUCUUGGCUCAGAGGAGCUGACCAGUCCAGCUCAGUACCCUCAGGAACACAAAUGGAGUUACUGACCUCUAGGCUUAAGUUAAUACUAUGUCGGAAUUGGAAGAAGUGUUCAUACACACCCUAAUGCCCUGGGCAGAGUUUCUGACUCACUAGAGCUACCGUUAUGUCUUCACACCAGUUCAAGAUCCUAACUCCCAAAUCAGCAGCUGCAGGAACCACUGCUAAUCCCAGUAGACAGUGCGGCACCAGCCCUUUCCUGGUUCCUGAGCUUGGGGUGGGGGUGGGAGUGGGGGUACAGAGACCAACAAGGACUGAAGACUUGGAUCUGCCCUUGGAGAUAAAAAGAAAAAUAAGCAGUUCAACCCUGGGCACAGGAGUACAAGAAGCCCAGAACAUACCAGGGCCAAGAAAGAAAGGAGCACAGAGGCUACCCCAGGUUUUAACCCUGAUCGUGAGGUCAAGGGAAGCAGAAAGACAAAAACCACCCUCAUUCCACGAGGAAUGACAGAACAGAAGAGAAUGUGAACACUUGAGAGCAGCUGACUACGGGAAGUCGGUAAGCAGCAGAAUUUUUUUGGCCAACUUUCAAGCAGUCGAACAAACUGAGGAAGAAUGAGGAAGAGAGGCAUAAACUUAGGUCUCGGAAUCUUCCCACUUAGGCCCUUAACUCCAUCCUUGGGAUGGUGUUCAAGGUCUGGGUGGGGAACAAAACAACAAAAAAUGUUUUAAUUAAAAAUCACAGAAAAGAAGUCUCUAUACUUUUUAGAGGAUUUCUCUACCAUAUAACCGGAAUAUUUGUCUAGUUGUCAUAGUAAAAUAAAGGCUUCUUCUGUGAUAUUUUA